CCCGACUCCCCCUGAAUGCACCAUUAGUUAGGAGCGUAUCCUGGGCACCAUGGAAAUGUGCACGAGAAAUGAAUGAAAACAAUGAACAGGACUCUCCGGUGAUGGACUAAACUCACCCAGACUGCAGUUCUGUGCACGACAAGAAGACACUUUAAUCAAAGGGGGCAAGAGUGGAUGGUUGCUGCCAAUGGGGCUGUUUGACAAGUUGGCAGGAUGGCUGGGCUUCAAGAAAGAAGUCAACGUGCUCUGCCUCGGCCUGGACAACAGCGGCAAAACCACCAUCAUCAACAAACUCAAACCGUCCAAUGCGCAGGCACAAGACAUCGUCCCAACCAUCGGUUUCAGCAUCGAGAAGUUCAAGACGUCCAGCCUUUCCUUCACAGUGUUUGACAUGUCGGGCCAAGGCAGAUACAGAAAUCUGUGGGAGCACUACUACAAGGAGGGGCAGGCUGUCAUUUUUGUCAUCGACAGUGCGGAUAAGCUGAGGAUGGUUGUGGCCAAAGAAGAAUUGGACACUUUAUUGAAUCAUCCCGACAUUAAACACAAGCGGAUUCCCAUCCUGUUCUUGGCGAACAAGAUGGAUGUCCGAGACGCUCUGUCUUCAGUCAAAGUCUCCCAGCUGCUGUGCUUGGACAAUAUCAAGGACAAACCUUGGCACAUCUGUGCCACCGAUGCGCUGAGAGGCGACGGCUUGCAGGAAGGGGUGGAGUGGUUACAAGAUCAAAUCAAAUCCAUGAGAACAUGAGAGGGGCUUUUGCAGGAGUUCUGGAUUAUGUAAAACCAACCCUGGUGGUCCCUGGAGCCAUCUAAAGAAUUGUCUUUGACGUGUGUGUCUCUUUUCACAAGUUUUCUAUCCACUUGCUGGUUUCUUUUGAAUUGUACACAAGUUGACCAUGUGCCGCAGAGAAUGAAAACAAUGAUGGUUUUGCAAACUGCACUUCGACGAGAUCUCGGACGUUUGUGUGCCGAACAAAGAGAUGCACGUGGCAAAACCGUCGCGUCGUCAUUCAUCGCAGCCAAUAUAUGCGCAGCUUCUUUUUAAAUUUAUAAUGGUCUUUUUUUCUGGUGGUUGUUUUUCUUUUCUUUUUAUUUGAAGCUUGAACAUGUUUUGGGUGACAGCCCUGAAUGUUGUCAUCGAUUAGCCGAUUGUGAGUAGCUACGUUGAGUGUAAGAUGAAACAAAAACUGGAUGACGGUGCGGGAAAUUGUAUAUUAUGGCAAAGGUCUGUACAAGUUUAACAGUCGGAGGCUUCAUAGACAGCAAAUUGUUUGUAAAAUAUCUUUUAUAUAUAUAAAUGAAAUAACAGUCUCAGCACAAUGUUAGGACAACGUAAGAUCAUCUCUUGGAUAUGUAUCGUCUUAAGUCGUAUGUUUUAUUUCGUUGUAAAUGUUUUUAAAGAAUAAAAAGCAUUUUCCCCCUCCUUUUGGAA